UUUUUCCAGGGACAAAGAGGGAGGGCAGGCUAAAGCUGCCCAGGGGAGCCCGGGGACCCCACCCCUCAGGUUUCGGCAUCCCCUCCCUCCUCCAAGAGUCCCCACGGUUAACUUUCCAGUGGGCAACCAGUAAAGGGGAAGGCAGGGGCUCGACACAUUAGGACAACUCUCAGAGCUGACUGUGGGAGCCUGGAAGUGGAUCCCUGGAGAGAGGAGGCAGCCAGGCGGAGCCUGGGCAGGAGGGCACCAAGCUCAGGUAGCCCCCUGCCCAUGAUGUAUGAGAAGAGGUCUUACACGGGCUAUGGCCAUCCCAGUUCCCGCUAUGACUACCCACCUCCCUCGGGCCCUCCUGGCUCCUUCUACCUUGCAGAUGUCCCUCCCCAGCAUUUCUACCAGUGGCGGUCUCCGCCAGGUAUUGUCCGUAUCCUUCAGGGAUUUGUGGUCUUCCUGUGUUUGGCUAUUUUUGCCUGUGUAGCCUCCACAUUAUCCUGGGACUACUACGGUAGUAGCAGCGGUCUCCUCGGUUAUGGGGGUGGUCUGGGAAGCUACUACAAUGGCUACUAUGGUGGCUACUAUGGUGGUUAUUACGGUGGCCUGACCAACCCACGGGCAGCCAAUGGUUUUAUGAUUGCCAUGGCUGUGCUCUGCUUCCUGGUGACUCUGGGGCUGGUCAUAGCCGGUCUGUCCAAAGCAUCAGGCGCCCGCUCUCGCCGCUUCUACCUGCUGGUCACCGUGCUCAGUGGCCUGCUGGCCUUCGUGAUGCUCAUCGCCUCCAUCGUCUACGUCGUCGGGGUGAACCCCCGAGCGGGGCUGGGGUCCAGCUCUGGGAGUCUCUACUACAACCAGAUGUUGAUGCUCUGCAAUCAGAUGAUGUCGCCAGUGGCAGGGGGGAUUGUGAACCAGUACCUCUACCACUACUGCAUAGUGGACCCUCAAGAGGCCGUGGCCAUCGUCUGCGGCUUCCUCGUUGUGGUCCUCCUCUGUGUCAUCUGCUACUUCGCCCAGAAGACCCGUCACAAGAUCUGGAAGUACGGGAAGCCCAACAUCUUCUGGGACAAGCCCCUGGCUACAGUGGAGGGUCCUAAUGUGGAGGAGUGGGGUCCCAAAGCCAGUAGAUGUCAGAAUUGGAAUCCAGGUCUUUUGAUGGAUCCGAGACCGGCUCUGUUUCGGUUCUUGCCACGCUGCUUCCGUAGAGAACAGGUGAAGAACGUAUCCGGGGAUGCCGGUACUCAGGAUGAAACGGCCACACUGGCGUACUCUGAGAAGCCCACCAGCCCGCUGACCAGUGCUUUCCCGCCAGCCCAGGAGAACGGCUACGGCCAGCCACCCCCUUCCAGCCCCAGUCCCCCACCCCCUGCAGGGACCAGCUCUCCAGAAGAAAAAGACAAAGGGCCCGUGAGUCGGCCCCCCGCCAGGCGGGGCCCGCGCCAAAGACUGCGUCCAACAGGCCUGGAGGAAGCACAAUACGAGACAGAUUACACCACGGCGGCGGAAUCCAGCGAGGAGCGGGACCGGGACGACUGGGCCAGCCUCUACCCACCCAUCACCUCGGACGCCGUCCGCCAGACCUACAAGGCAGAGUUCAACAGUGACCUUCAGCGAUACAAAGCCCUGUGCUCUGAGAUGGACGACAUUGGGGCUCAACUCAGGCAGCUCAGUCAUGAGCUGGACUGCCUCCCAGAAGGCAGCUUACGCUACCAGGGUGUUGCGGAAGAAUACAACCGGCUGAAGGACUUGAAGAGGAGUCCAGAAUACCAAAGCAAGAAACUGGAGACCCAGAGCCUUCGAGACAAGCUUUGCCACAUCAAACGCAUGGUUGGGGCCUACGACCAGGUCCGAAGCUGAGGGUCGGACCCUCUGGGAGCUGGGUUCCCAGGCUUUUGGUCUAGGAACCGUCUCUUUACGUGCCCAGGGAAAGAUUGGAUACCAUGGAUCCUGCACUAGCCGGUAGUGGGGAGCUAGCCUCCCCAGGUUUUCCCAUGAACUGCUCUGCCAGGCGAGAAGCCAGGGCCCCUCAGGGCCCAGGAGAGAGGCAAUGGCAACCAGAAAGGGUGGUCCCGGUCCCAAGGAGGGUUAAAGAGGGCGGGGGGGCUCCGCAGCCUGAAGCUGAUGUAUACAUCAAUAAAGUCUGCUCUGCUCUGA